AUGGAGCAGCUUGUGUUUGAAAAUAGAUUCUCAAUCCUUGAAGUUGAACACACCAACCAAGAGACCGAUAGCGAGUCAACCCCCCAGCAAAAAUCACAAGUUACAUUAUCCUACAAACAACCAUCUAAACACCCUCGAGCUCAUCGUCUCCCCUCAGACCGCAAGAACAAUAUCGUGAAACUACCACCCUUCUUACGAAUCCCCCUAGAAUUACGCUGGACCAUCUUCGACGAACUCAUAGCCUCAACCACAGAAAUAGAAAUCAGUCCCUCAACCAUCGAUUCCUUCCACGCCCUCCGACUCAGCACCAAAGGCCUCCGCAAAGAAGUAAAAGCCUGGGCCAAAAAAAGACCCGAUCUCAUCAACGCAUUUCCAUACGGCUAUUUCAACCCCUCACAAACCGUAUUCGUGUUAAAAAUCGAUCAUCGUUGGAAGAGAGUCGUCAAACAUAAAACCGUUUCAGGCUCGCACGUCACGUUUAAAAAUCGAUAUGCCAAGUCUCGUAUCCCUUCAAGACAUACAACAGGGAUUAAAUAUAUGACGAGGGAACAAGCAUGGUAUAGUUUCUGUCGCUCACAAACGCCGCGAAAUAUCGCGCGGAUGAAUCUUAAAUUCGAAAUAUGCAUACGAGAUGAAUUUGCGGCGGAAAAUUUAAGCUCGCUUUCUAGGAAUGAAUUAUUUGAUGUUUUGGCCGCGGCGAAAUAUCAUUCUGGGGGACGAUGGGGUUCUAUGCGUUUGUAUUUGCAUGGGACAUUAGAUCAACUUGAUACGUUGCAUGAUGUGGCCAUGGUUCCGCAAUUAGGGGAUCUGGUUCAUUUAACGCAAGAAUGUCAAUUUGACGAGGAAACCUGGAGGGAUUUCAGAGAUUUUAGAUGGAAGGUUAGUGAGUACGAUGCGUUGGAAUAUCCCUUUAGGGCUGUUUAUUGGGAAGAUGAGAAAGGUAAAUUACAUGGAAAGAGAAAAUAUGGAGAGCAGCUUUAUGAGUUUGGUGGUAGGGUUAUGGAGUUUAUUAUUGAGUCGGCAGAGGAUAUGCGCCGUGGUCCUGUAUCCGUCUCGUUGGCAUUUCCUGCGGCUUCGCGCUCUUCGAAAUCGAAUGUGCGGAUGCAUGAUAGGAGCUCGAGUACGCGGGUGGAUGUGGAUUGGUGA